AUGUUUCGCUGCUCUCUUCCAAUUGUUCGUGGUCUUCGACAAGUUUUAACACCAUAUUAUAAUGUGUGUAAGACUAUUGCAAAUGUGAGCAAGAAUCACUCUACCGUUGUCAACAACCGCUGUAGCAUUUACAAUAUUGGUAUAGCGCAAACACCUUUAGUACAAAGUACACAAAUACUGGAUAUAUGUAAUAAAAUAGAAGCUCUGCCUAUUCGGAGUGUGACAAAAUUUAGUAAAAAAGGUAAAAGGAAAACUGUGAAGGCCGUCAUAGAUAGGUUCUUUAGAUUGCACUGGGGUGGUUGGAUAAGGACAAAAGUUGGGAGACACAAAAAAAUUUGGAAGAAAUCACAGCCACAACGAAGACGCUUGAGACAACACGUAUUCUGUAAUUCAACACAAUCAACGCUGCUAGAUAAAAUGGUAACCAAAUUCUGGAAGAAACCUAAAUAUUAUGUAGAAGAUCCAUAUGCUCCUUAUCACACAAGAGAAGAAUUUUACAUUACUCGUAAAAAACCAAUGAAUCAUUAA